UUUACGAGGCGGUUACUCCAUGUCAAUCUCUAUUCCUGGGUAAACAAUACCAUAACGGUAACGGAGUUGACAGGAACCGGGCGCAAUUUCAACCUCCGUACCACCGCACUAAGCCGUGAAAUGUUCCAACAUUGGCAACCAACAUUGCCCCACUCUCCGCAGAUCUGCCCGAGGACGACCGGGAUCCGUUUCGGUCUUUCCCAGGGACGGCCUUGAGCGAGAGUUCCCCUGAUUUUCCUCUUUGGACUUUGAGGUCGACCAGCGUUCCCCGCCACGGUGUCCCGCAAACCAAGUCAAACCGAGCCGCCAGUAUGGCUCGGAACCUCCGAAGCCAGGCCCUCCAGCGGCUUGCUGCCCUUGCUGCGACCAGCUCGGAGACGUCUCUCGAUAAGUCUGACCUUGACAGGCUGUGCAGCGCUACUCCCACCCGUCGGGGCUCGGUGCCCUCCAUCAACGGUCACAAUGCGCGGGCUCCGGGGCCUGAAGUUGGUCGUGUACCUAUGACUACCCGCGAGUAUGAGAUCCUCUUGGCCCUCUGCAAGACCGCACCAUCGCUGCAGACGGCUCAGAGCGCCCAGAAGCUGUCUCGCCACUUGGUUCCAUACCUUAUGGAUGUACAUGUCCAGACGUUUGCUGCGUCACCGUUCUUUCGAAAAGUCGAGCCCUCACCCACCGAACACUUGAGCUUUCAUGUUACCGCCGCGCUGCUUUCUCUUGGCAUCAACCACCCAGAUCUGCGGCAGACCAUAUCUGACGGCAUCUCGGCCUUUGUCAAUGCCUGUGCUCACGCCGCCGAGAGCGUUUCUCACGCAACCGCCGCCGACGCCGACGACGAUGACCACUACCACGACGAAGACGACGACGACCCGAGCGCUGUGGAGGAUGCCACCAGGACUGCCACCAUUGCCGUUGCCCUCCUGGGAUUCUUAGAUGCGGCCUGUGCUCAGGCAAAUUUCUGGCGAACCGGUAGCCGUGUUGGCCUGGUGAUGCGUGUGCGGGAUCUCCUUUCGCAGCCUUUCCUCGUUGCAGUCGAGGCUGCUUUCUCGACCAUUCGAAACGCGCACUCUCAUGAUCGUCAUGCCAAGGAGUGGAAGCGCUGGGCUCGCCACUACGACGAUGCUGGCCGCCCGCUGGGCGCCAUGCUUCUGCAGCGCAGCUUCAUGAGACUGCUCGUGGCUGCCACAUCGCUCUUGAUCGCAGAAGAGGACGCUUUGCGGAAGUCGCACAUCCUCGAUAUCGUCAUGUCUGGCAGCGGCCUUCGGCGGCCGCUGACUGCCCGCAGCGCCGAAGCCGAUUUCCGGUCCGUCGAGCUGUAUGCGACUGUCGCCAUUGACCAGAUGAACUACCUCGAAUCCAGUGCCGACUUUGAUAAGCUGUCACCAGCCAAGCAAAAGCUGGCCUUUUCCGUCAAGGCCUGCGCACUAAUCAGCUAUCUUAACGCUUGCACCUUGAAUGACGAUGCCGCCGACGGCGAGAUCCUCAUGUCUUGGCUCGAGGACGCCCUGGGCGAUGCCGCGGGCAUGGCCGACGAUGAACUCGCCGCUGUGGUUCUCAAGUCCAUGGCCUUGCUGUGCAGGGUGUCGCCUUCGUACGCCGUCAAUGUCAGCCGGCUUCUCCCUCGCUUCAUCGUCCAAAGCGGUGCCAAGAGCACGAUGAUUGCCGUCGCGUCGAAAUCCCUUGCCUUUGUGUUGCAAAAGCUUUCCAAGGAUGCAGUCAUCACCACUCUGUACACCCUCGGUAACGUCUUGGGUCCUACCAACGAUCGGCUCCCGGCAAACGGCGCUACCGGUGCCGACGCCCAGGACCCAUCACACGUAUACGGGGCCGGACACCCUACCGGCAGUUCCAUCUCUCUGCCGACCUCGGGCGAAGAAGUAUCGUCGGCUGCCCAGGGAAACGUGGUGCAGGCCAUCUGCGAAAUCGCGGCCGCCAUAAAGGACGAGAAGAUUACCGGCCUAGCCCAGUCAAUGCUCGCGCAAAAAAUUGUCAAGCUCAGCAGCCCGCUCGAUGGUAGAAUCAUUACCGGUGCUGCUGCCCUGGCCCUCAGCGGUGGCCCAUCGGAGUUCCGCUACCUCCUCAAGCGCUAUGCCGCUAUUGUUCAUGAUGCCGUGGUGGAAGGCAAGGACGGGAUUUUGCAAGCGGUAAUGAACGCCCGGAACUAUAUCUCGGCCAACAUCCAGCGGGACUCACCCUUGUUCGACGUCUACCUGGAGGAGCUGCUCGAUGGCAUCAUCUCGCAAGGCGACGCCCAUGCCAAACAGAACCACCACGCCAAAGCGUCGGAAGUUGAACUGGCUGCCCGGGAAAUUGCUCAGCUGCUUCCGCCCCUCGCCAUCUUCAUGUCCGCCAACCCUCUGGCGUUCGAGGAGCCGUCCGAUGACGAUACGCGCUCCAUGCUCCGUGAUGCCUGGUUCAACAUUGUUGUCCACGGCUUUACGACCUCCACCGACCGCGGGAGGCAGAGCCUCAAGCACUUGAGGAUCAUGGCUGUUCACUCGCCGCCGCUGGUUUCCGAAAAUCGUGGCGAGCAAGAUGAGAGCGACAUCGACCUCAAUCCUAUCUUGCGCCGCGGCGAGAGCUCCGAUCGGGAGUCGAUGCAGAAGAAGCUCCUCGCAGAGCAGGUCCCCGCACGAAGCAGCGAGAUCAAGGGACUCAGCUAUCGCAAGACAAUCUUCCUCCAAGCUGCCUGCCUUGUCGAGAGCCUCCGGGCAGACGCGGGCGACUGCACCAAAGCCUUGUCGUAUUUCCUCGAGCCCAGCAUGCGUCGAGGCGAGGUGAGCCGCACCAUGGACACCAUCAUGAACGCCGUCGUGGACCGCUAUCUGUACAAAGUUGUCAACAUGGCCAACCCAACCUUCUCCGCCCAGUACGCUGCUGCUCAGCUUGCCAAGAUCUUUUGCAGCUGCUGUCACCGGAUAGAACGAGUUCAGCAGGCGGCGUUUGGUUGCGCAGAUCGACUGGUGGAGUCCAUCCCUUCCGCCUUGUGCCAGCGGUCAUCUCUUUUCACUCUCCUCGAGCUCCUGUCAUUGAUGUGGUCCAGCUGUCUCGAGGCGGAGACGGACCGGUACGAGCCGAGGACCACGUUCAGCUCGGCGAGGGGAGACGUAGUUGUUGAGCUCUCGGACGACUACCAGCUGAGGCAGCUGACUCUUGAGAACCUGCACAAGAAGGCUAAAACAUGGUUGGCGAGGGCCGUCAAUAUCGCCCCCGCAGACGUCAAAGGGCUGCUGCAAACUUACCUGUCCGAAUUUGACGAGGAGAGCGGCUAUGGCCACAUGUCUCUGGGCAGGUCGUUCGCCCUUGAGAUCGGCUCAACUAUCCCAUCAACCGACCAGAGGCUGUCGUCGCUCGGCAUGCUUGGAGAAUGCCCCAUCAACACGGCCUCCGACUUCAUAGCACAGUAUACCGCCCGGCAGGAAUACCGGUACUCGGAAGCAUUGCCUGAUCGGAGCUUGUUGUCCAGCUCCAUGCGUUUAGACCACCGGCCAUCGUCCUUCACCCCCUCUGAAGCUGAAGGUGCCGACGCCAUUGCAGCCCUCGCACUGAUCGAGAAGCGCAUCCUUAGCCGAACGGCCACGUCUCACAUGGAGGUGAGGGACGUCCUUCGCCGUGCUGCUGCGUUGUUGUGUCGGAGCGCGCAGGACGAAUGCUCCAUCGUCCACAAUCUCGUCAGCAUACCGUUUGCCAUGUUUACGACGCAGUCGAUCAAGCUCGGCAUCUCCCUCUGGCUCGGAGUCAUGAACGAGAACCCUAGGAUGGAACCCCGCAUUCUCGCCGAGAUCGUGCAUCAAUGGGAAGUCAGCGUACAAAGGCGACAGGGGCUCUUCAACCCGUCCAUCACGAGCCCAGACCCGUUCUUCCUCAGACAAGAGUUUGCCCCUAGCGAUAACGCAGCUCUCGCCAAGCGCAGACAGCUCGUCCACAAUCUACUGGCGCCUCAUUCUCGCCUCCUCCAGUUCCUGAGCAGCCACUACAAUGCUACCCGCCUGGGCAGCCCCGACACGCACCGCAUCUUCCUCCGGCUUCUUGACGUGACACUCGAGGCGAUCAAACGCUCGACGGCACAUCCCAUGGCCAGGGAGAUCCGAUUCCAGGUGGUUCUCUUUGGUCUCCGAGUUCUUACCGCGAGCACGACAAUGGAUGCCGUUGCGCAGUAUCGCCUAAAGGAUCAAAUUCUGUCGGCAGGCCUCGGAUGGUUCAACAGCCCACCGCGUUGGUCCUUUGGGAGCAACAUCCUCCAGCUUAGGACCGAGAUUCGCUUGAUAGAGGAUGUCAUGGCGGGCAUCCAAGAGACGACCCAUAUUGGUGCGCAAUCCAUGGGCCCGGCCAAGUCGCUGGCCCCCAAGGAGAAGUUGCUAGUGCUGCUUCUAGAAAGCGAACAGGCUAGGCUCCAUGUCUGGGCCCGCCCGGUUGACGCGUCGAGGCAUCAAAUAUCCCCGUUCCAUCACGGAGGGAAGGACAGCAUACAUGAGGCCGCUGUCCAGCCCCUUGUCCGAACUGCUUGGGCAGAGAAUCCAUCAUUAGCCGUACACCUGGCCAGCAGAUUUCCGUACCCUAGAGUUCAGAGGGAGGUUCGUUGGCUACUCCUCAAUUUCCCCGCCAAGGCUGCUGCAGAACCUGAGGCGAUACCUAUCCUCAUUGGCGGCGCCUUGCCCGACGACGUUAGCUUUCAGCUCAAGUACCUCUUGUUUUGGGCGCCAGUGAACCCCAUCACUGCCGUGACACUCUUCCUACCGGCAUACCGAAAUCAUCCGUACCUGAUCCAGUAUGCUAUGAGAGCACUGGAGAGCCACUCGGUUGACGUGACAUUCUUUUAUGUCCCGCAGAUUGUCCAGACGCUUCGGUAUGACGCUCUGGGUUAUGUUGAGCGGUAUAUUCUAGAGACUGCCCAAUUUUCCCAGAUGUUCGCGCAUCAGAUUAUCUGGAACAUGAAGGCCAACGCAUACAAGGACGACGAUUCGCAAAUUCCCGAUGCCAUGAAGCCGACCCUGGACAAGGUUAUGGGUCACAUGAUUGACAGUUUCUCCCACGUCGAUCGGGACUUUUACGAACGCGAGUUUGCCUUCUUCGACGAAGUCACCAGCAUUUCGGGCAAGUUGAAGCCCCUGAUCAAGCGCACGAAGCCCGAAAAGAAGCAGAAGAUCGAAGAAGAGCUUCGGAAGAUCAAAGUGGAGGUCGGCGUGUACCUGCCAAGUAAUCCUGACGGCGUGGUCGUCGGCAUCGACCGGAAGUCCGGGAAGCCGCUGCAGAGCCACGCCAAGGCUCCUUUCAUGGCGACAUUUCGCAUCAGGAAGAACAAGAGUGGUAUCGAAGAGGCGGAAGAGAUGCUCGAGGAGAGCGCCAAAGGAAAUGGCAAGGCAGGCAAUCAGGACAACACGGUCGAGGUAUGGCAAUCCGCCAUCUUCAAGGUAGGCGACGACUGCCGCCAGGACGUGUUGGCUCUGCAGAUGAUUGCGGCCUUCCGGGGUAUCUUCCACAGCGUCGGCUUGGACGUUUACGUGUUCCCCUAUCGGGUCACCGCGACUGCCCCCGGUUGCGGAGUCAUUGACGUCCUUCCAAACUCCAUCUCUCGGGAUAUGCUUGGCCGCGAGGCGGUCAAUGGGCUCUACGACUACUUCGUCUCCAAGUACGGCAACGAGGAUUCGCUUCGGUUCCAGCAGGCCCGGAACAACUUUGUCAAGAGCAUGGCAGCGUACUCGGUCAUAUCGUUCCUCCUCCAGUUCAAGGAUCGGCACAACGGCAACAUCAUGAUUGACGACGCCGGGCACAUUCUCCACAUAGAUUUCGGUUUCUGCUUCGAUAUCGCCCCCGGAGGCAUCAAGUUUGAGCGUGCGCCCUUCAAGCUCACCUCGGAGAUGGUCGCCGUGAUGGGUGGCAGUCCCGAGCAUCAGGCCUUCAGGUGGUUCGAGGAGCUCUGCGUCAAGGCGUUCCUGGCGUCCCGGCAGCACGCCGAGAAGCUUUCGCAAAUCGUGCUGCUCAUGAUGGAAAGCGGCCUGCCCUGCUUCAAGCCAGAGAGCGUCAGGCACUUCAAGGAGCGCUUCGUGCUGGAGAAGAGUGAGCGCGAGGCCGCCGAGUUUAUGAGAGGACUCAUCAAGCGGAGCUAUAGCAGCUACUCGACUGGCAUUUACGACCAGUUCCAACUUUUGACAAACGGCAUCCCGUACUAAUGUAAUAUUCUCUAGAAGCCAGUCAACGGCCUCUUCCUUUCGAUUUUCUUUUCCUUCUACUGAUCUUCGUCUUUUCCUUUACUCCCAUCUGACUAUCCCUCGA